AUGACGAGGGAUGCUGCUCCGCUAUUGCUGCGGCUGUUGCUGCUACUGCUGCUGCUGCUGCUGCUCUUAGUUUCAACCGUGUUCUAUAGAUAUCUGGACAGUCUUCACGAACCAUUUUCUUCGCCCAAAGCAUGCUUGGCCUGGCUGGCUUUUCGAACUGCGGAAAAUAAAAUCCAAGAAGAGAAAAAAGUCAUCCCACGACAGCCUCCCGUCACCACGCAGCAAGAGGAGAAUAUUGCUGACAAUGUGAUGCCUCUCAGCCUGACAGAUCACCACCCGUUCGAUCGCCCGCCUAACCACACCGUCCUCUGUCUAUCUUCAGAAGAUCUUUUGGAUGAAAUUUUUGCCUCUGCCCCGCCCACCCUCUCCCCAUCUCAGCUUGAGGUCAGCUGGAUCAACAUGGCGCGCGGUGCCAUCCGAGAUGAAAGACUCAGAUAUGCCCAGUAUGGCUGCCAAGUUACAGAAUGUGUCGUGUCAGAGGGGCAUGGCCAGGGCGAACAGGGCCUUCCUUUUACGGGCUUCUACCGAUCCGCGGACGCGCCUAACCAGCCUCACUCGGAGACGCGCCCUUAUUCCGCGUCAGAGGGACAAGUCGGUCUAAUCCACUUGGAGUAA